UAUGAUCCCAGUAUUUUAUUAUAUAUCUGUGCUUGCAAAUUUUUGCCAAUUCAUUGUAGUUUUUAAAUAAAAUUAAUUGAUUUUUAAAAUGAUUUAUAUGUACAUAAAAACAAAAUUCAAAAUUUAUUGUGUUAAAUAUUCCCCAUGCAUUGCAUGGUAGCUUAAAUACAAAUAGUCUCUCCAAUCCAUCCCAAUUAAGCUAUCAAUGGAGGAAAGGGGUAAAGGCGUAAAGCGCGGUUAUUGUGAUUCGACUGAAACUGUGCAGCCAGUCGUCAUCGUGAACGAACUGCAGCCAGUCCUCAUCGUGAACGAACCUGGAUAUGUCGCUGCUGUUGGGGGCAUCCCAGAUCACCUUAAAAUUAAGGGCGGGCUGUCAUAUGGGAUUCGCUUUCCCAUUUCCAAGUAUCCCAAAAAUCUGCCUGAAGAUCCUAUUGAACGGCGAAGGGCUUUCUUUAAAGAUUUCGAGGAUAUCCAUACACAAAAGAAGCCCCGGAGGGCUUGUUCGCUUUGCAAGCAGUUGUUGCCAGAGGAGUAUUUUAUAGUACAUAUCAAUUCAAGUGGAAAUCACCCUGCAGACUUCUAUGACUCUCGCGCUCCCGAGUCCAUCCCAUCCCAAUCAAUGGAGGAAAGGGAAGAAGAUGGUUGUUCUUAUCAUACUAUUGAAAACGGGGCAGUCGUCAUCAACGAACCUGGAUUUGUUGCUGUUGUGGGAGGGAUCCCACAAGAUCUGAAAAUUAAUGAUGGGAUAUCAUUCUCGACACCAUGUCCUGUGUUAAAGUAUCCCAAAGUGAUGCCUGAAGAUCCUACUGAACGUCAGAAUGUUAUUUAUGAGUGUUACAAGAAAGGUAUGGAAAGUGAUGCCUUUAUAAAUGCCUUUUUACAAGCCUAUAUAAAAGCAAAAUCCGAAGCCCAAGGGUUGAGCUCUAGUUCGAUUUGCCAUCAGCAGGAGGAGGCACAUAACAUGGACCAACAACCUCCUACUACUAUGUUAGAAUUUAAUAUAGCAGCGACCCCUGGAUGGUGUCACUAUCUCCGAUCCAUUUCAUCAGAUCCCAUCCAAAGUAAGCUAGAUAUGGAGAGAUGGGAAGCUGUAAAAUCUGUCUGUAUUUUGGAACGCCCUAGUGGUUGCACUCUUUUACGGCGCGAUUUUGGUGAUUUCAUUGAAGUGGUGGCUCUGAUGGGAGUCAUAAUCAACAAACCUGGAAUUGUCGCUGCUGUUGGAGGGAUCCCGAAUGCGCUGAAAAUUGAAGGUGCGAUAACGUUCUGGAUUCGCUGUCCAGUUCUCAAGUAUUCCCAAAUUAAGCUUGACACCAUUAAUGGAGAUGACGUGGACGCCAAAGAGGUAGAAUAUACAAAGAUCUUUAGAGAGGACGUUAUACAAGCCUAUAGAAAAGUCUGUCUGGCCAGCUCGAGUUCAACUUGCAAGCAGGAGGCAGAGGCACAUAGCAUAGAUCCACUAUGUCCUAUGGCAGAAGUUAAUAUUAUGGAAUCUCAAUUUGCAUCUGCUUCUAAUGAGCUCAACAAGGACAACAGCGUUGAAGCAUGAUUUUACGAGCUCAACGUUGAAACAUGAUUUGCACUUAUGUUUAUGAUUAGUUCAGACUUUCUAGUAUUAUUAAGCUCAAGUUAUAAAGCGUUUGCAUAUUCAAUAUCAAUGUUAGUGUUCGUUGUUGCAAUUCGGCACUCUAGUGUUAGUUUUAAUUUGGCACUGUUCAUAAAUUUCAGAUCGGUUAUUGCUCUUUAGUAUUAAUAUAUGUACUUUUAGCUUUUUA